UAUCCUCUUCCAAAUUAACUUUGUUUGCGUAUUGUUACAGUCGGACUACACUCGACACAAAUAACGGCCGCGAUUUGCCAACCUAAACAUCUGUCAAGCCGCUCGUUAACGUGAAAUCGUGUACACUCCGCGAGUGACUAAUCGGGGAGAAAUUUCAUUGGUAAUAAUGUACAGUCGAUUGUGUUUUUGAUAUUGAAAGCGGACUCGUAAAACAAUACAUAAUAUUUUCCCGAGCGGAUGGUUCAUGACAAACGAAUCGCGUUUGUGCGACUACGUCAGUAACUGGAAUAGAUUCAGAUAUUACGGGGCGUGAAAUUAAAGGAUAAACAAAUGAAGUCCGGAGCAGGCGCCAUAAUAAUGAAACAGCAGUCGGCAUCAGGAGGUGUCAAGCUGCAGACACGAGCGUGACCCGGGACACGGCUGGGCCGUGGCGCAUCGACGAACUGGGGCAUAUCGAUAAGCGUGCCCUACUUACCCGGUUUCGUGGCGGUGCCGGUGCCGCGGUGCAUUGCAGGCGACAGCGCGGUCCGCAGCAGGAGAUGUCGUGCAAGUCGUACGCGUCGGGCAGCGUGCGCUCGUGUGCGGGCUCCGUGAGGCUGGGCCCGGGCGCUGGGCACGAGGUGGUGCUGGACGCACUCUACGACCGGAAGCGUGACAAGAAAACCGUGCGCGUACUCACCGUCAUCGUGUACGUGUUCUGCGUGUCGCUGGCUGCGAUCAUGCUCUCGCUGUACUACGUGUUCUUCUGGGAGCCCAAGGACGCGCAUUACGCGCAACGCAAGGUGUCAAACACAGUUACGCCGCAAACCAGCACCACACCAAUGCCCACAUGCUUUUUGCCUCACACCGGAGGAAGCGAUACCUCAGUGAAUGAAACUGCUACUCCACCGACCCUAGAAAACAUCGCCAAUUUCACGAAUUCUAAUGAAACUGCCGAAACGAUAGCCGACUACACAGAAAACUCCACGUUCGUAGCCUCCGAGAAAGACUACACCUCCGAUGAUAACGAAACCCUUAACGUUACAACUAUUACAUGACGGCUCAAACAGCCUUCAAAGAAACCUCACAACCAAACUA